GAUCCAUGGCAACAGAGGAGCAGCGAGCAACCUCCGAGCCUGUCCGACACUCUCCCUGCAACUCACUCACACGGACCCUCCGGUCUCCGCUCACUCUGCCCGGUAAAUGUGGCCGGAAUGCUCCGGGGGAGGAACCACUCCUAACGGCUCCUGAUUCGGUACCAAGGUGACCGACUGGGAGGCAGGCAGCCGCCCGGAGAGCGGGGCUCCACAGCAGCGCCAGGUGUCCGCACCGCCUCACGCUGAUUACGGACGCAUUUUGAACGGAGAUGAUGCUAGUAGCUGCUAUUUUCUGGGGUUAAAUCGGUAAAAAAAUUCACCCUCUUGUUAAUUAUAAACGGAGAGCGGGCACAAUGAAAGCGGGUUCUAUCAGUUUAUGUUCGUAUUUUUGAUUAACUCUUUCCGUGCCUCGCUGAAACACCCUGUCCCAGCUUGGUGUGUGUCUGCACCGCUUCCAGUUCACCAUCGCUGCCCUGAUCUGAUACAAGCUUCAUCGUGAAGAUGGCGACUGGGUCGGGCUGGCAGCAGUAUUACUGCCCCAUCGGCCAGGGGAAAUUUACUUCAUCCUCCUCCUCCACCUCCUCCUCCUCCUCCUCAGCAGCACCCAGCGGCUCCUUCCAGUCCGGCAUCGCCAUGGAAUAUACCCAGGACCUGCACCUGAGGAUGAGCAAGAAGAUCGCACAGCUAACUAAGGUUAUCUAUGCAUUGAAUACAAAAAACGAUGAACACGAGGCGGCUAUCGCCACUCUGAAGGAGGCCCAUGAAGAGGAGGUUCAGCAGAUUCUUUCUGAGACCAGAGAGAAGAUUCUGCAGUACAAGAGUAAAAUCAGCGAUGAGAUGGACCUGAAGAAGAGGAUCCAGUCUCUGGAGGAGUCCAUGGAGCUCCAUGAGAGGAUGAAGAGGCAGGCGCUGGCUGAGUUUGAGAACUACCGUCAAAGGGUGGAGGACAUGCAGCUCUGCACCGAGGCCCAGCACACGCAGCGCGUGGUGUCCAUGUCUAGGGAGGUGGAGGAGAUGAGACGGUCCUUUGAGGAGAAGCUGCGUACGUUCAGCCAGGCCCAGGCUCAGUUUGAGCAGGAGAAGAAAGCGGCUCUGGAGGAGCUCAAGGCUCAGCACAGACAGGAGAUCCAGGAGCUCCUUCGCAGCCACCAGAGUCAGAACGCAAACUACAGCAAAGACCAGGAGAAACUGGGACAGCUCCAUAAAGCAGAGGUGGAUUCCCUGACGGAGCGGGUGGAGGAGCUGAAACAGGACAAGAAGAGGCUGGUGGACGAAUACGAAGCCAAACUCAGCAAGGCUCAAGCCUUUUAUGAACGAGAGCUGGAGGCCAUGAAGAGAACCCAGCAGCUGACAGCAGACAACCUGCUGGCGUGGAAACGAACCGAAGCCGAACUGCGGCGAGAGUUCCAGACCCAGGAGGCCGCUCUCCAGAAAACCCUCGGAAAGCUGAGGACCGAGCUUGCGCGGGUGUCGGACGAAGCUCGGGAAAACCGCGAGAAAUCUUACAAGCUGCAGGCAUCGCUCACCACUGCAGAGAGCGCCGUCAAGGACCUAACCAAGCAGCUGGACGAGGUGACCCAGAACUCCGAGAUUAUAGAAAUCCGUCAGAAGGAGGCUGAGUGUGAGCUGGAGGCAGCCAGAGACAGAGUUCAGCAGCAGGCAACCGAAAUACUCCUCAAAGCCAGUCAGAUAAGCAGUCUUCAGGCCACCCAGAUGACCCAGGAAGCAGCCAUUAGGGACCUGGACAACGAGCGAAGCCGCCUGAAGGACAAGGUGCUAAGGAUGGAGGAAGAGAGGGAGGCCCUGCACAGCCAGAGCAAAGCACUGGAUGAAAGACACAAACAGCAGCUCCAGUCCCUGGAGAAGACCCUCCAGGAGGAGAAGAUGUCCCACGAGAAGGACAUGAGCAGUGUGCGAGCUCACUAUGAGGAGGAGGCCAGCCAGAUGAAGGAAGGCCAGGCUCGAGCUUUAGAGGAAGUGGCCAAGAAGCACAGAUUGACCUUGGAAAACACACUAACCAAUGCCGAGAAAGACAAGAACCGCCUGCUGGCUGAGAUGGAGCAGCAGUUUGAGAAGGAGCGGCUCUCUCUGGAGGAGCAGAAAAUGCUUCUUAGUCAACAGCUGGACGAGAUGAGGGAGGAGCUGACGACCAAGCUCAAAGAAGCCAAUGAGGAGGUGUCUCGGCUGCAGCAGGAGGUACGGAAAGGGGAGCAGGACUUUGGGACGGCUGAGGGACAGAUCUCCACCCUAAAGGAGGCGCAAGACAAACUACUGGAGGAGCUGGACGCCACCCGGGCUCGACUUAGAGAGACCAGCAACCUGCUGACUGCCCUGCAGGGUGAGCUGGAAACCCAAAAACGCCAACAUGAAGCCAAACUCAUUAGCACCAAAGAAGAUGAAAAGCAUAAAAUGGACAAGAUGGCUCUGGAGCUGGAGCUCAAAUGGACCGAAACACUCCGGCAGGAGUGCAAGAAGCUGCGGGAGGAGCUGAGAGAGGAGCAUGAGGAGGACAAAACUGCAGCUCUGGCUCAGCUGGCACAGAGCAAAGAGCAGGAGCUGAACAGCGCCAGGGAGAGCUGGCAGAGGAAAGUAGAGGACCUGCUGGAACAGAUAUCUCUGCUGAAGCAGAGUCUGGAGAUGCAGCUGUCCCAGUCCCAGUCCUCCCUGCAGCAGCUGCAGCACCAGUUCAGCCAGGAGAGGGAACACCUGAGGAUGCAGCUGGACGAGCUGCAGACGGAGCACCAGAGGCGGCAGCAGCGUCUGCAGGAAGCCCACCGCUGUGCCAUGCAGGACAUGGAGCAGGCCAGGCAACGGGACCUGAAGGAGCUGGAGGAGCGUCUCCGCCAUCAUCACCACGCAGAGCUGCAGUCUCUCAGAGAGGCCCACCGGCAGAGCAUCGAGACGCUGAAGCAGCAGUCAGAACAGGAGCUGCAAACGCUCCGCUUUGAACUGGAGGAUGAGGGCAAAGCCAUGCUGGCAUCUCUGCGAUCAGAGCUGAACCACAUCCAUGCGUCAGCCAUCGAACACCUGCGACAGACCCACCAACAAGAGUCAGCGGCUGCCAAGGCCGAGCUGGAAAAAACCCUGGAGAACAACCGGACACAGGAGCGCGACCUGCUCAAUCGGAUCUCUGAGCUGCAGGAGGAGGUUUCCAGGAGGAAGAGCCACAUCGCUCAGCUGGACCACCAGAUCCACACCCUCAACGAGAACAUCAGCACCCUGACCAAAGAGCUGGAGCUGAAGGGCAAAGAGGUGCUCAAGAUCCGCAGUGAGGCCAACCAGCAGAUCCGGGCUCAUGAGCAGGAGCUGACGAAGAGGCACGAGAGGGAGCUGAACGAGCUGAGCGCGGCUCACAGCAGGGAGACCCAGAACAUGCUGUCGGACUUCAACAAAGCACAGGAGGUGCUCAAAGACAAAAUCUCUGCUCUUCAGAUUCUUUUGGAAGGAUCAGAGGAGAAGUUCAGAAACAGAGAGAGUCGACCUGAAGACCUGCAGGUCAUUGCUGAGCUGAAGGAGAUGGUCACAGAAAGAGAAACUCUCGUCAAAAAACUGGUGGAUGAUAAGAAGUUCUACCAGCUGGAACUUGUCAACAGGGAGACCAACUUCAACAAAGUGUUCAACGCCAGUCCUAAUGUAGGAGUUAUCAACCCACUCAUUAAGCCCUCCUGAGACCAAGGAGUCCUCCAUCGACUCGGCCGACGCUCAGCGCCAGGAGUGGUUCGCCCAGUACUUCUCCUUUUGAUUGACCAGAACUUGGAAAAGGAUUCAGCAUGUCAACCAAACUUAAAGAAAAACAUUCGAAAAAAAAAAUCUUGGGGAAAAAAAAAAUAGAAAAAUUGUUGAAACUAUUUGUUAUUUAUUGUCAUUGAAAGGUUUGGGUUCAGUUUGCUUCAUUUUCAGUCAGAGCGGAGCCUUAUUGAGCGUCAGUGAAGCACGCCAAGCUUGAUGUCAUUUAUUAUCACUUUUGGCAGAGAUGUAAAGGCGACUGAGCUCCUGCUGACUGGGAGGAAAGUGAAGUGAACCCGACCGUGGCGUCAGAUGUCAUCACUCUGAUCUGAUUGUUUCACUGUGGACGAGUUUCUCUCUUAGUACAGUGAUAAUAAUCAUCUCUAUGUUCAAUGUUUACUUUCUUUACUUUCUGAUUUCUGUUGCAGUUUCUUUGAGCUAGAAAGCGCCGAGUGGUGCAAUAUCAUGCUGCUAAAUGCCAUAGUUGGAUUAAAGUGAGAAUUAAAUAUAUAUAUAAAAAAUAAAUAAAUGGUAGGUAAUUGUGCUUUCUCUCUCUCUCUAUCUCUCUGUAUGUGGGUCUACUGCACACAGCAUUUUAGACUAGGAGGGCUGAUCCAAGACCAGUUCCCCCUCCUUCUUUCUGGUGACAUUCACCUGAUCCUAGAUCAGUUACGCGUCUCCAUGAAUACAGGCUCGGACUUUAGGAUGGUUUGUUACAGCUGCGUAGACGUUUCAGCAGAUUUUGGUAGAAUAUUCAAACCCGUUUGUAUGGUUGUCUGUCUCAACACAGAUAUAAUGAUGUCUCACUGAUUUUAAAAACAAAAUAGCAUUUUAUAUUUAUAAUAUAAUG